AUACAUAUAGAGAGAUAUAUCAUAAAAGAUCACCACAUCGAACCAUGGAGCAAUCAAGAAGAACCCUAAUGAUCAUAACCAUCGUGAUAACCUCCAUGUUGGUUAGGUUUGGAAGCUCAAAUCUCGAUCAAGACAGAGAAGAGUGUACGGACCAGUUGAUAGCACUCUCACCGUGUCUCCCAUUCGUGGGAGGAAACGCCAAGGCGCCAACUAAAGAUUGCUGUGGAGGUUUUGAUCAGGUUAUAACAAAGAGUGAGAAGUGUGUUUGCAUAUUGGUCAAAGACAAAGAUGAUCCUGAUCUUGGUCUCAAGUUUAAUGCAACCCUAGCCGCUCAUAUUCCCACCCUUUGUCAUAUUACGGCUCCAAACAUCACCAAGUGUAUUUCGCUUCUGCAUUUAUCUCCAAACUCGACACUGGCUAGAGAGUUCGAGACUUUAGGAAGGAUUGAAUAUGAAGGAAAGGCCAACUCCACAUCUCAUUCACCAAAUGUUAAAGAUGGGACAGGAGGAGGAAAAGCUGAACAAGUGAAGAGUGCUGGAGAGAAAAAGAGUUGGUUGGCUGUUGAGCUUAUAACAUUUACUCUGUUCUCUCAUCUUCUUUUCAUCAUCUCUUCUCCCACAUCUUUCUCCUUAUUUAAUGUUCUUUUGCUUUAAAUUUAUAUAUCAUCCAUUACAUCUAAAUUUAUAUAUGCAUGUGCAUGCAUAUAAUUUAUGCAUGUAAAUGAGUGCAAACUUGUAAUAUUUAAUGGGUACUGAAAUUUUAAUAAGGAAAGCGUAGCUUUUAAUCUUAUUCCUA